AUGACUGACUUCAAUUACAGCCUGGACAAUUUUGCAUCAUUCCUUUGCUGUAAUCCAUUGACUGUGAUUGACAUUGUAACUAUAAGCAUUGAGCUGCCAGUUCUCUGCUGGGCUGUUUUUGUUCUUUAUCAUCAGGUCAAGACUGGCUAUGUCAUACCCGUUUAUGUCAUAAACCUCCUCAUUUCAGAUUUCAUUCAGAUCAUUGGUAGAAUUUUUUAUGACUUGUCAAUGAUUUUAAUAUUACCAGAAUUUUAUCCUCAUGAAUUUGGUAGAUUUCUGUUCAUGUUGGGUAUAUUUGCCAGUAUUGGGUUCAUGGUGUGUAUUGCGCUGGAGAGAUACCUCCUGGUCGUGCAUCCAUUGUGGUAUCGAUGUCACCACACUAUCAAACACUCCAUACUCCUUUCACUGGCUGUCUGGCUAUCUCUGGUGCUGUUCUUAAUAGGAUUUGUUUUCGGUUUUUGGGCAGACAGUGGUAUUUUGUUUGCAUUCAUCAUAAUCCCAUUUCUCCUUCUUCUGUUCUUCCUGGGAGCCAUAUGGAGAGCCCUCUCUCACUCCAUCUCUGUCCCACACAAGGAAAAGAAAAGAAUUCUGGGUACACUGGCACUUAUCCUGCUCAUAUAUAUAGUCAUGUUCUGUCCAAGUAUAUUAUUGAUAGUGGCCCUUGUGAAGGUCUCAGGAAGUGAAGAAUCACAAAUGUCAAACUGA